AUGAGAACUAAAACUGAGGGCAAACCCCAAUCCUACAGUAUUUAAACAAACUCCUGCAGUCCUUCAGUCAUAAUCUCACUGACCCAGACAUAACACAAGCACAGUUCAACGACAACAAGAAGACAAUGAAGACCACUGCAGCUUUUGUUCUUCUUGCCUGCCUGAUGGCUGUAGGGGUGAAAGGACAGAACAGGUCUUCAAAGGGCAGGUGCUUCUGUGCAGACAAAGGUGCAAACAUGGUUUUAGUGAAGAACAUUGAGAAGGUUGAAAUCAUCCCUCCAAGUCCAUCUUGUCACAAACAUGAGAUUAUUGUCACUCUGAAGAACGGAGCAGGACGGAAAUGCAUGAAUCCAGAGUCAAAAUUCACUCAAAAUGUCAUCAUAAAGGCUCUUGAAAAGAGGAGCCAGAAGACACACAGUACAACUGCUUCUGUGCCACUGAAGAGCACCAUGACGUCAUCAUCAGCGCCAACAUCCUUCAAAUGACUUCAUAGACUUCAGAUGAAUUAAUAUUCUGCCUCAUAAGUUGGAGUUCAAUUUAGAAAAAAAAUUAAAGCUAAAAAUAUUUCCUAUGUCUAAGCUGAUUAAAUUAUUUUUUUAUCUGACCACUGGGUUGUUUUCACAAAUGUGUCAUAUGUACAGUCUUUUUAUAAUUUGCUUUAUGAUUGUAUUUUUAUUGUCCACAAAGAUGUGUCAAAUAAAGCUUUUAUAUCUGUAAAAUAUGUCUUCUGACCUCUUUCAGAGUAGUUCUUGCAUUCUGACAUUCUGAGUGAAAAUGCAUAUAAUAAUCCAUUUACAAUAAGCAUUAAGAGGUGGUGGUGUUUUUUUGUUUGUUUGUUUUUUUUUAUAAAUACCCUAACUGUUUUCUAUGGGUAAAAUGCGUAAUGCAUUAAACGCACUGCAUUUGUGUUAUGGGCUUAUUUGUUUGUUAUUAUUUAUUAUUUGUUUGGGCUUUAUUAAUGAUGUGUUUUACUGAGUUUGGUCUUUUA